AGAAAUAAAAACUUUUGUUGUAAUCAUCCCACCAAGACCUCUCUCUCGUGUUACAUUUUACUUCCUUUUAGAUGCAAGACUCCUCUCUUCCCCGGUCAGAACGUAAUCUCCGGUCACCGGCGCCGGAGAGAACCGGUAAAAACUCAAACUCUAAAAAUGAGAAAAAGAGUGUUUCUAAGCAUCCAAACUAUCGUGGGGUGAGAAUGAGACAAUGGGGAAAGUGGGUGUCUGAGAUCAGAGAGCCAAGAAAGAAAUCAAGAAUCUGGCUCGGCACUUUCUCCACGCCGGAGAUGGCGGCGCGUGCACACGACGUGGCUGCUUUAGCCAUCAAAGGCGGCUCUGCUCACCUCAAUUUCCCUGAGCUCGCUUGCCAUUUGCCGAGACCGGCAAGCGCCGAUCCUAAAGACAUUCAAGCCGCCGCAACAGCAGCUGCAGUAGAGUGGAAAGUCCCCGAGUCUCCGUCGAGCACGGCGACGUCAUCGGUGACGUCAUCUUCAGUCGCGGACGACGCUUUCUCAGACCUCCCUGAUCUCUUGCUAGACGUGAAUGAUCACAAAGUUGAUGGAUUCUGGGACUCGUUUCCGUACGAAGAACCUUUCUUCAUGGAAAAUUAUUAGGAAGCUGUGAAGUGUCGGAGAGACGGUAAAUAACGGCCGGUGAAUGAUUUUUUCCGGUGAAGAUGGGACAUGGUGUCGAUAUGUAAGUUUUGUCUCUUUGUGGGGAUUUUUUUUGCUUUUUUUCAUUUUACGUGUGAGUAAGUUUCCAAAUGUGUGAUGUGUAAGUAAAAAAAAGGUACAGGUUUAUUUACUUAUUUUCAUCUUGUUUUUGUAAAAAUUCGAACGUAAGUAACAGAAGGUUUUGUUUAUUAGUGCGUUGUUAUUUU